AUAUCAGGUUACAUAUAGAGUGUGUGAGGUUAGCGGACAGCGCGCGCGAGCACAACAAUGAGUACAACCGUUUCUAAAGAGUGUAAUAUGAGUAAUGGAGUGAAUGGCGACCAUCAUGGUCCGGAGCCGGAUCAAGCCGAGCUGAGCCGCUCUGAGGGGGAACUCUUCCUCUCUGAGGCUUUUAAAAUAAUCGUGGAGGAGGCGGUUCACAAAGCCACCGAUGUGAAGGAGAAGGUGUGUGAAUGGAAGGAUCCAGAAGAGCUGAGGGCUCUGAUGGAUCUGGAGCUGGGAGAACAUGGAGAAUCUCAGCAGCAGCUGCUAAAGAGGGUCCGUGAUGUUGCCAAAUACAGCGUCAAAACCAAUCACCCUCGCUUCUUCAAUCAGCUGUUCUCUGGAGUAGAUUACCACGCCCUGACCGGACGCCUGCUCACCGAGACGCUCAACACCAGCCAGUACACGUAUGAAGUGGCUCCGGUCUUCGUUCUGAUGGAGGACGUGGUUCUCCGUAAACUGCGCUCUCUGGUUGGCUGGUCCGAGGGCGACGGCAUCUUCUGUCCCGGAGGCUCCGUGUCCAACAUGUACGCCAUGAACAUCGCCCGGUACUGGGCCUUCCCACAGGUCAAGACCCAGGGGCUGUGGGCUGUCCCUCGCCUGGCUGUGUUCACGUCUCAGGAGAGUCAUUACUCCAUGAAAAAGUCUGCUGCGUUCCUCGGGAUCGGGACGGAGAACAUUUAUCACGUAAAGGUGGAUGAAAGCGGCAGAAUGAUCCCAGAAGACCUUGAGGCUAAAAUUGUUCAUGCCAAAUCACAAGAUGCAGUGCCGUUCUUUGUUAACGCCACGGCUGGAACCACAGUGCAGGGAGCCUUUGACCCCCUGAACCGCAUCGCUGACAUCAGUGAGAGAAACGGCAUGUGGAUGCAUGUGGACGCUGCCUGGGGAGGGAGUGUGCUGUUCUCCAAAAAACACAAGCAUUUACUUACAGGACUCGAAAGGGCGAACUCUUUCACUUGGAAUCCACAUAAAAUGCUGAUGGCUGGACUUCAGUGCUCCGUUAUUCUGAUGAGAGACACAACAAACCUGCUGAUGCGCUGUCACUGUGCCAACGCUACGUAUUUAUUCCAGCAAGACAAGUUCUACGAUAUGAGUCUGGACACCGGGGACAAGUCCGUCCAGUGUGGACGCAAAGUGGACUGUCUGAAACUCUGGCUGAUGUGGAAAGCUAUAGGCUCCCAGGGCCUGGCCAACCGCGUCGACACGGCUUUUGCCAACACGAGGUAUUUUGUUGAGGAGCUGAAGAAGAGAGAAGGGUUUCAGCUCGUCUCUGAGCCUCAGUUUGUGAACGUCUGCUUCUGGUUUAUUCCUCCCAGCCUGAGAGGAAAAGAGAACAGCGCUGAUUACCAGGACAAACUGGCGAAGGUGGCGCCGCUCAUUAAGGAGCGCAUGGUGAAGAAGGGCUCGAUGAUGGUGGGAUAUCAGCCUCUGGACAGCAGAGUAAACUUCUUCCGCAUGGUGAUUCUCUCCCCCCAGCUCACCCACAGCGACCUGGACUUCUUCCUGAACGAGACGGAGAGGCUGGGGGAGGACCUGUAGAGGCUCCGUCCUGUUCACUGGCGUCCUGCGUAUCGUCUCUGUCCAAUGAAAACACUCCAAAUCUCCAAAACAGCAACUUUACAGGAGAGCGAAAAAACCUUGGAAACUUUCAAUGGAAGUCAAUGUAAAAAGAGUUUAUUCCAGGUCAUUUUGAAGAGUUUCUAUUGGUCCGUUCAUCAAGAAAUUUUGGCACAGAGUAAGAGACAGUUUGUCUGUUCAAGUUAUGGAGUAAACUAAAAAUCGACAAAAAUGAAGAUAAGUGUUUUUCAUUGGACAGCGACCAUAUGAUGAUGAUGAUGAUGAUAGAUUUGGGACCACUGAGUUAAAAGAACUGUAGAAACUGUUUAGUGAAGGAUAUGAUCCACAGAGGAACCCUUAGAGUUUACUGUCCUCCAAUACUCAGCUAUAGUACACUAAAUUACUGUGAUUUCAGAUCACAACCACAGUUCUGUUCUUCUUAAUUCUGAUUCAUCUUCUUAUUUUUAUUAUUCCACUGUUUUCUUUUGUCCGGUUAACUCGGGCCACAAUUUUCAAUAUAUCAACUUUCAACUCUAAAACGUAUAGAGCUUUUUGAACUUACGAAAAACUUACGAAACAACAUUUUUUUGGCCGUUAAGAAUGAAUGGGGAGCAAAGGUGCAUGUCCAUGUGUUUUUUUUUUUUUUUUCUUUUUUUUUUUUACAAAUUUUCAGAUAUAAAAACAUAGCGUACUUUCAGAAAAUAUGCUGAUCGAACCGAUACAAUGUAGCAACACCUUAGAAACCACCACACAUACCAUAGAAACACCUUAGCAACCACAUUGCGACACCAUAGCAACCACCAUGGUGUCCAUCUUAGGAACCUUAGGAACAGUUUUAGGUUUUAGCUAGAACAGCAAUAAUGUUGUUCAGUGUAGCAUUAUAUUUUUCUAAAUGAAUACUAAUAAAAUUAAUAUUUAGUAGAAUAUUCAGUACGUUAAACAGUAUAUAUGCUAUAUGGACAUAUAAUGACAUGAAAAUAUAUAUAGCUAUUUAGAUAAAAAAUAUAUAAAUAUAAAAAUAACAAUUUAAAAAAUAUUUUUGUUUUUUUGUGAAGUUUACUCUUACUCAUUUCUGGUUAAAACUCUCUAUAUAAUGUGUUUAUAUAAUGCUAUACUUAUUUUAUGAGUUUUCCUUCUUCUUUAUAUUAUAUAGACUCUCUUCUACCCAUCAUCUAUUUAUCUUUUAUUCUGUCCGUCCACUGCGCUAAGUCUUACUGCAACUCUUUCAGAAUUCUAAAAAAAUAUAGCCUAUAUAGGUCAAUUUAUAUUCAUUUAUAUAUUUCUAUUGUAAUAUUACUAUUAAAUAACGCCAAACAUGACAUUUAAAAAAAUAUAUGAAUAAAAUAAAGAUGUAGUUGAUUAUUAAUAAGCACAGAUUUAUUAGUAGUGGAUUUAUAUGUAUUUUUUUAAAUAUAUAUUUUUUACAGUUACGUCCUUCUAUAAUGAAAGGGAUAAGCAGUGAAUAAACUCGUUUACAGUAGUUUAGUGUGAGAUCAAACCAAGUCAGGGUAAUUUUUAUACUUAGAUUUAGACCUUAAUUUAUUGUCCGUAUGUAAAACAGUACAGUAGAGUAUAAUACAUUAAAAAAUAAAAAAUAACUAAAUAAAAAAAUAAAUUACAAAUUAAGAAUUGUGAUAGAUGGAGAUAUAAAUUGAUUUCUGUACCUCUUUAUUCUACAGUAAGACUUUAAAUAACCUUCCAGAUGGGAGAAACUGAUCUGGAUUAGAAAUGAUAAAUAGUCCGAAUAGUUCUAACAAAACUCACUAAUUUAUUAUUCAGCUGUGUUGAAAGAUGUGUUUUAAGAUUUGGAAAUAUCUCAAAGCCAGCUCACCAGAUAUAUUAUAAUAAUAUAUAUUCUUAGGUGAAUUAAAUAUUUAUUUAUUAUAUAUAUGUUGCCGAUGCCUGAGACAAUAUUUUUGACUUAAUAUGUAUUUUUUAAUUAUUCUCAUGGCUGAAAAAACAUGCAAAGCAUUACACUGAAACGUUUCCCCCCAAAUUUCCCACUAUUUUACCACCAUCAAAAAUAAAUAUAAAACUCAAAAUACAUACGUAGGUUAACUAGUGGUUAAAAUAAAAUAAAAAAAUGACAUAUGUUGUAGAAAUUGCAAUUCCUCUAUCCAUUCAUCACUACUGUAACAAUAAAGAAUAUAUAAUAACCUUUAAUUGUCUUUAACGCUGUUUUUAAGGGCAGUAUUUCAAUGAUGUAAACACAUUCAUUUGUAAGUUAAUUUUCAUUUGCAAAGCAAAUUACAGAUGUCAUAUUUACAAUAAAAACAUUUCUAAAUCA